AUGCAGUUCAUCUGCAUGUGUCUUUCCCUCUUGGUCUCGACUGUCCUCUGUCUUGUUCCCUCCGUUGGCACCUUCACCUUGGACACCAUUCCCAACCGUGGUUUCAAGGGCCGCAACGGCACUGCUGCCUACCUCAGGGCCAUAGCCAAGUAUGCCCAUCUGGCCGACAAAGAUGGUGUCAACAAGGCUACAAGCCCUUCCGAUGCCAACUCAUCUGACCCCUUGGGCGAGAUAGUAGGUUUCAACGAGGAAAACGACCGUGAGUGGCUGUGUCCCGUCAAGAUUGGCACUCCUGGCCAGACUCUCAACUUGGACCUUGAUACCGGUUCUGCGGACCUCUGGGUCUUCACCCCUGAGUCAUCUCAAUACCCCGGUUCCCUUGGAAACCGGAGCAUCUUUGAUAUGAAUUCGUCCUCCACUGUUCGACACCAAGACGGUCGAAGUUGGACCAUAACCUAUGGUGAUGGUACCUUCGCUGGUGGCAACGUUGUCACUGAUAACGUCGAGCUGGGCAACCUCACGGUCAAGAAUGCUACCAUUGAGAUCGCAACUCACUAUAGUAGCAGCCUCAUCGACUAUGAUGCGUUUCUAUCAGGUCUCAUGGGUCUGGCUAUCAAUCUCUCCACUACGAUUACUGCCGACGAUAGUCAUGCAAAGGACGAGGAGACCUACGGCAUAAUCAGCCAGCUCAAGGCCCAGGGUAUCGACUCCAUCGGCGUCGACCUAGAAUAUCACAACAAGGGUACCUUCACUUUUGGGAGGGCCAACACUUCCGCAUAUCUCGGCGAGAUGCACUACCAGCCCGUCAUGCCGGGCAAGGGCUACUGGCAAGUUCAGCUGUCCACUAUUCGGUAUGCGGACAGCAACGAGACGUUGGUCCACGCAUGGCCAACCAUCGUCGACACCGGCACCUCGCUGAUGCUGAUGGGCUCUGACGAUAUUGUCGAAGACUACUGGAGCCUUGUACCGAGCGCAAAGUACUCAUUCAGCGAGUACGGCUAUGUGUUCCUGUGCAACGAGACCCUGCCCGACUUCCACUUUGGUUUCGUCGAGACCUGGUCCGAAUUCACUGUGCCUGGCCGGUACAUGAAUUACUCGGAGACUGUGGGCGGGACCAUGAGUAACGAGUGGUGCUAUGGUGGUCUUCAGUCCUCUGACAUAGGCGUCACCAUCAUGGGUGAUGUCGUCCUCAAGGCCGUCUAUGUCGACUUCAACAUCGCCAAGGAGUCCGUCGGUUUCGCCCGCAAGCACCUCCAGUCCUGA